AUGGUCCGUUAUUUGGAAUUUGAACAUAUUUUUAAACAUCCUUUUGAGAAAGUUAUUCGUGCAUACUUCCAAAAGGUAAGCGCUGGAUCGGUCAUCGAUGGUAAUUGAUUUCGUCGUGAAGAAAUAAGCUUAAUAUAUAAGCUUGGUCAAUAAUUGAGGGUGCGUUUAAUAUCGGUGGGGAAAACUAGUCUGCUAAGCCAAGUGAUAAACUUUUUCCCAUGUUAACUAAUUCUACCAACUGGUAGACAUUUUAUUUAGGCCUGUAAUACAAGGUCACGAGGUAAGACAAGAACAAUUACCAAUGUAAGCCUAUAGUAUUGCUUCAGCUGAUUUCCUCCCUAGAGCUCUUACAACAUCAGCUACAGCUGUUUCGGAUACACGAGACCUGCGAAGUCAAAAACGUCUUUGGAUUUUGGGUGCUAUGUUAACGGUUUGAUUGACGUCGGAAAAAAGUCAACGUCCUGAAACGUUUCGCGUUUUAUCCGAAACACUAGAGCUGUUUAAAUGAAAUCUGAAAGCUCUAUUCAAAUUAGCCCUUUGGUCUUUGUCCGUUGUCAUAGGUUACUUGAAAAAUCAACAAAAUAACAUUAUUGAAAGAAUUACUACUAAAUUCGUUGUACCGCGCUGCACGUUUUGUAAACUUCGAAGGGAUUUUGGGUUUUUGUAUUCCGUCAAUCAUUUGAGUGGGGGUGGGGUACCCAGUUAAUGCAAAUUGUAAUGGGCACUUUCCAUUUAGUCAACAUUUCCGGAAUUUCCAGUUGGGCGGUAACUGGAACAUGUUUUGUCGGUUCGUCCCAUUGGAAAAUUCCCAGAAAAAGUGGAAAAUCUAAAAAGGUGGGCCCGUUGUCCCAGUUGCAAUUUGCGAACAGAAUUUUGUGUUCCAUUUACACGUUUCUCGUAGUUUGUACCAGUUCCAGGUCCAUGGUCGGGCACUGCGACUUACCGGAGUUUACUACCAAAUGAAACAACUUUUUACCAGGCAGAAAUUCCACCUUUCUCCCACCGAAAUUUCCGUUUUUUUUCCUAAAUGGAGAGUGCCCAACGUUUGAACAUGUUGCCCAGCUUGACCUGCAAAUUGAAACAAAACUGAAAAUGGCAAAGAGAAUUGCGAUGGUGAGUGGAAUUUUUCUCAAGGGAAGGAGGCAGACAUUGCUAUAUUCCUUCAAAUGACAAUAAUAAGAAAGAUCAGAAAUAAAGUUUGAAGCAAACUAGUCGAUUAUAGCCCGAAACAGGAUGAUCACAAGCAGCGAACCUUGAAACACAGAAACAAACCAAACAGAUCAAAAUCCACCAAUCACAAAUAACAAACCAAGAUCUUUUGAACUUGUUCAAGUAAACUUGUUUCCUAAGAAGUCCGCUAAGAUGAUUGACGGGACAGGAAAGCCCAAAAUUCCUUUAAAGUUUGCAACCUACGCAGCACAAUACAACAAAUUUGACAGUAACUAUCCAGCCCUUCUAGUCUUUCCAGUCCAGCUUGUCUGAUGACAUGACCUUAGGUGUUGAAUUUUUAUUUAUUUUUCAUUCCCGCACAGUACACAAGUGGUAAAGAUAGCAAUGUGACGUCAAUAAGAGUUCUGGAACACAAAGUAGGUAGGUGCACAUUGUCAAUGGUAGUUUUUCUGAUCACUUUCAAUCACUGGAUAUCAUCCUUAAAAUAAAACACCUUUGAACAACUAUAUAUUUGAUGACAGUGAUCUCAGCACUUUUGAACAUUGCUAUAGGCCUUUUGCAUUAGUUGAUUCCGGAGUUGAUCACCUGAUCAACUUUUGGUAAACACGAAAACAGUGUGCUUUGGAAAACGUUUGCUAGCACAAGCUGAAUGAGCAUAAUUAUUAAAAUUAGGUGACCUAAAAAUUUUAAGCCAUAUAUCCCAGAAGCAGCAAUUGCAACCCCCGGCGAAAAAUAGAAGGAUUUGUAUGAGAAAAACAACUCUUCCCACCCAGUCAUGCUUGACUCAAGCAUGACUGGGUGGGAAGAGUUGUUUUUCAUACAACUCCUUGUAAAUUCUGAAAUUUUUAAACUGUCUUUUAAUCUUUCUCUUAUGCAUUUAAGGGCUCAAAGUGCCUGUUAUUAAUUAAAAGGACAUUUGAGCCCGGUAAGUUGCUAUUUUAAGGAAAUACCGUAAAAUUCUGAAAAUAAGCCCCUCCAUGUAUAAGCCCCUCCAAAUAUAAGCCCCCCAAUCCGGUAAUGCAAAAAACCCUCCGCUAAAUCGCCCCUCCAAAUAUAAGCCCUCCGGGGGCUUGUACUUGGAAAAUUACCCUCAAAUACAAAGCAAAAACGGUAAAUUUACGUCCAACUAUAUGGCUAGCCCAAUCGAUUUAGAAACGCGAAUUUCCCUCUGUAAAUAAGCCCCUCCGAAUAUAAGCCCCUCCAAAAAUAAGUCCCUGGAAAAGAGCUUUUGAAAAAUAUAAGCCCGGGGGCUUAUUUUCGGAAUUUUAUGGUAUUUUGCGACAAUUUGAAAAUUUCAAAAUUUAAAAAGAUUUGUAUGGAAAACCAUUCAAGGGUGAAUGAGGGGCAAAUUUUAUUUUUUUCAUGCAAAUCCUUCUAAUUUUUGGCGGCCGUUGCAACCUCUACUUUUGAGAUAUACGUGUACGGCUGAAAAUAUACUGGUUACCUAAUUUUGAUAUGCUCAUUCGGCUCGUGCCAGCAAAAUAUUUCCAAAGUGAACUGUUUUCGUGUUUACCGAAAGUUGAUUAGGUCUCCCAUAUGUCACCAAAGUUAAUAUUAACCAGAAGGCCAGGGAAAUGCUCUACAUGAAAUAGGCCAGGUUAUCAUGAAAUGUGGCUUAGCAGGUCUGAUUUUGAGUUUAUUAGGGAGUAGUUUAAGAUACCAUGACUGCCCCUGUGGUUAAGAUGUCACGGAAAAGGUGAAUUCACAUUGUUUGAAAAUUCACCUUGGUCACUUAUUACACUGAAUUUUUACAUUUUGAAUCAAUUAUUAUAAAAUUUGUAUUAAAUUGGCUGUUUUUAUUCUGACGUACAGUAUGUUGUUACAAGUACAAAUUUACAUUCAUUUGUACAGACCUGCGAGUGAGUUUCAUGUGCCUUUUGUUUCUUCUCUUAGACCCAGAAACUGGUGAGGAGUAUAUGAUCAGAAGAGGGGAAUGCGUUAAUGUUUUACCAGGCAUUUUAAAAAAGGUACAAGUACAAAUUUGAAGGGUCAACACUGGUAGAAGUGACAAGUUUGAAUAUAUAUUUUAAAACAAAGUAAUUUAAUAAAGGCUUUGUUGCACUUCUAAACUGUAUCUAGAGGAAAUAGGAAUAUGUUUAUCACCUAGUGAUAUUAUUUUGCUUUUGUGAAGCAAAAUGAUAUUGUAUACACAUGUACAUGCAACAGCAGUUAGUCAACCAAACUACACACAUGUAAGGUCAGCCUCAGGAAUGAAACAAUACAUCAUAGUCUAUAUAGGCUGGUCAACAGUUGACCUGGUAACACUUCACCUAAGUCAGCUUUCAGACAAAGGUUUAUGAUUUGAUAUCAGUAAAAAUGUAGGUCAACAAAAAAAAAAAACAGUGACUUACACAUUAUCAAAGAAAGAAUAAUGGUAACAUUUUAUAUUGUACAGUAUAAUAAUAUUGUAAUAAACACCUCUUUUCUCUACUUCAUUAAUAUUCCUGAAUAUUGAUAAUUAUUAUUUCCCUUUUGAAUGUGAAAAUGUAUAAGAAUGGGCUUGCAUUGGUUCUCUACAUUGUAUUUUAAUUCCUACUUUGAAAGCUAGAAUUCACAUACAGUAGAACAAGCAUGAUAUACUUUUCAUAAAAAUACAUUUCUCGAAUAAUUACGUAGGUCUGUCCAUACCCAGCACUUGAAGUUGAAGAGGAAGUGUGGUUAAACAAAAAAGAGAAAUGUCUCCAUCUUCACUGUUACAACUUGACAUGGUCAAAGUAUGCUUUUCUUGAAGAGUACAGCUGCUAUCGAGCAUGUGACAGCAACCCAGACUGGUUAGUCCUGUUAGCCACUAUUAAAGCAAUCUUAUUUCAAUUUUUACAUGUAUCUUAGUUUACUGUAUAACUUUAGCUAGCAGCUGGGCCUGGUUUGCAAGCAUUUUCUCUAGUGCAUUAUCUCAGCCCAGAUUGCAAACAAUACAGUCAGCCAGAAGUCAACACAUCUAAAUCAUCAGCUAAGACAAGCAAGUAAUUGCCCUAGGCAGCAAACUGUAAGAGCCAGUUGCCUAAAGGACAUGCUGGAAUUCAAGACUUUUUUUUCCAAGCACUGCUGCAAUUAUUUGAAUUUCUUUUUAUAUUUCUUGGUAAUGUGUGGAGGUCUCUUACUGUAUCAUUAAAUGGAAAAAUUAAUUGCUAAAAAUGACCUCACCUUUAAACUGAAGAUUGGAAAAACAUAAUUUCUGAACAUGUCUUGCAAUCAAUUAGUUGAAAUAAGCUAGUGAUUUUCAUCUCUACAUAGGGAAGAAAAUAAUAAUCGCCGAGGAUAUAACAGCAGACAUUAAUAUUUUUGUGGCAUUUUCAGGACAUUAUUUGAGCAGCGAGCUAGUAUCAAUGUCUACGGUGUUGGUUCAGUAAUUGGCGGAAUGUUUGAAGCCUUUGGACAAAGGUUCUUUCAACAUGGGGCUAAAAAGGUAAAUUUUUUGUGAAAUUCUUCCAUUAAUUGCUGCCUGAAACGUCAAGUUUGCUUGUCAACGACCCAGUUUUCUUCAGUGAUUUUGUUUUUGUUCUAAUUUUUUUUUGUUUUUCGUUUUUGCUUCAUGUUUAUUUUCUACACAUGAAUUGAAAGGUUACAUUUUUAAUGUACAUGUUUCAUAUUACGUCCAUUCAAUUAAAUGAACACUAGAAAAAGUGAAGUUUAUCUAUCCACUUUCUUGUUGUUGUUGUUUCAGGGAUUCAACAUUAUGGAAGAUCUUAUAGUGGGUUCAUAAACUCAAGCUUUAAUACCCAGACGUCGACAAACUGAAACAGAAGAAGAGUUAAAAUUCUGGUGCUUUUAAAAAAUAGCUUCUUCAACCUAGUAUUGCCUUUUACACAAGAAAUUCUUUCAGAUUUUGCAUAAAUGGCUCUUCAAAGAAGAACUGAACUUUCAAAUGAGAACAGCUGUCAGCAUCCCAACUGGAACUUGCUACACUUUUCUUUUAUGAGUAGACUUUCCCAUGUCUUGCCUAGUUCAUCACUAUUCCACUCAACGGGCCACACUGCUAGCCCAAAGUUCAAAUCAACAUAUCAGUUUACCUUGUUGCAGGUAGCCUGAGUAAACUUAAUGUUAGGUAGCGUCAAACCUCUAAUUAGCCUCUAUGACAUGCAGCCGAAUUCCUUUUGUAACAUACCGACUACUCAAGUAGGCAAACCCGUAGAAUAACUACUGUACACUGUGCGUUAUGAGCGAAAUUGAUAAUAUAUACCCCGAAAGCAAAAAAUAUUCGAAGAAUAGUUAAGUUAUGAGGGUCUAUGUAAAAUGUCUACAAAAAAUUGGCAAGCAUGAUAGUACGUGUAAUAGAGGUAUCACUUCGAGGCCUUCCCAUACUAUUUUUUUGUUGUUUUGUUUUUUUUGUUUACGUCGUCCGUCAAACCCGCGCAACGCUUGCCAUUUUCUAUACAAAAGGGAACGACGUAGUUCAACCUUUUUUUGUUUCUUCAAUUCUUUUAAUCUGAAAAAAUCAAUGAGCAUUGUAACAGCAUUUCCAGGC